AUGCGCAACUCGCUUCUUUACGCAGCACUCGCCGCUGCUCCCCUGGCCGCCGCUCAAGCCGGCACCGUCUCUUCCAAGCGUGGACUGGUCUACGUAGCAACGGACGACAACGCCUCGGACGACAAGAUCUGGGUAGAGGCGGCGAACGCCGACCAGCUCACGUGGUACUACAACUACGCGGUGCAGCCGACAACAUCGUUAAAGGGGACGGACCUGAACUUCGUGCCGAUGAUGUGGGGCACGUCGGACGAAGACGACGCGAAGCAGAGUACGGCAUUCCGGGACGGUGUGCGGGCGCUGGUGCAGAGUGGUGUUAACAUCACGCACGUCCUGGGCUUCAACGAGCCCGACGGCAGCACCGACACGGGCGGCAGCAACAUCCCCGCGGACCUGGCCGCCAGCACCUGGAAGAGGGAGAUCGAGCCGCUGCGCGACGACGGCAUCAAGGUCGGUGCCCCGGCCGUCACGGGUAGCCCCACGGGCUUCCAGUGGCUGCAGAAUUUCUUCACCGCGUGCGACGGCGGCUGCAACCCGGACUUCAUCCCCGUGCAUUGGUACGGCAACUGGGAGGGCUUCGCAAGCCAUCUGGGCCAAGUAGGGAGCACAUACCAAAACAUGUCAGAGAUAUGGGUCACCGAGUUUGCCUAUUCGGACGCCGGCUUGACCGACAGCGAGUGGUUCUUCAACACGACGAUGGACUAUUUGGAUACCAAGAUGGAGAACGUCACGCGUUACUCGUGGUUCGGGUCUUUCCGCAGCUCGGUCAGCAAUGUUGGAGAGAACGCGGCCAUGCUCAACUCGAAGGGCAAGCUUACGGAUCUGGGGGCCUGGUACUUGGGCCAGUCGGCAACGGGCGUGGAGCCAGACAGCGCGGCUGGCAAGCGCGAGGUGUUUGCCGGGUGGACGGUGGUGGUUUGCCUGGCAAGCCUGUACGCUCUGUGGUAA